AUGAAGGAGGUUCCUCAGGAUGAGAAAGACAAACUUAUCAGCAAUAUCAAAGCAAUGAGGGUUAUAAGACUUAAAGAGCUUUAUUCCACAGAUGCUGAUCUCGAACAUUCCACCCAAACAUUCAUGCUUUCGGAGUUUGGUGACUUCAAACAAAAGCCAGAAGAGAAUCUUAGCCAGACGUCCAACCGAUACAAUCAUCUUCUCAGUAAGAUGAUUAAGCAUGGAAUAGAACGAAAGGUGAUUAACAAGAAGGUCACAUUCAUGAAUGGUCUUAGACCUGAAUGGAUAGCAAUAGUCUCAACUGUUAAAGCACACAAACAGUUCAAGAGUUAUUCAUUGGCCAAACUUGUUGGCAUUCUUAAGUCACAUGAAAGUGUAGUGACGAAAGAAACGAAAGUUGUGUUUGGAAUGGGGUCCUUUGCUCUCAUUUCGAAGGGCAAGAGUGUUGCAGAGGAAGAACCAGAGACCGAUCUCUCUGAUAAUGAUUUGACGAGCGAAAAAUAUGCUUUAAUGGUUUCAAACCCCAAGCGGUUUGCAAGAAAGAAAUUCCCUACCACUAAGAAUAGAAAUUGGCAGGGAAGUUACAGCUCUGAGAAAUCGAAAGAGGAGAACAAAAGCUCUCCUCAAAAGGAAGAAGAGAAGAAGGAAAUCAAGCUGAAUGAGUUUGGAGGAGUAGAGAUAUGGUCUACUGAUUCAGAGGAUGAGGAAGUUUGCAAGCCCACAGAUGGCAGGGCAUUUGUUGCGAAAGAAGAUGGCUCAUCGUUCACUGGAAGUUGUCUGAUGGUAACCAAUGACGUGUCACAGAUGAGAGGCUACACAACUGAUGGUGGAUAUGAGGAAACAAAGGAGAGAAGAGAUGAUAAGUGCUUUGCGGCGAAACCAGUCUGUAAGCAGAUCAAUGAAUGUGAUCAACUGAUCAAGAAGAUUCACAAAAGGGUCUUUACUUUCCUUGAAUUAAAGGAAGAUGAGAUUGAUGUUGAGUGUUACAAAUGUGAAUCUAUCUUCUCUUUAAAUGAAACCUCUGAUGCUUAUAAAAUUGGUCUCGAUAAAAUUGAAUCCUUUAUUAAGUCCAAAGACCACAAGGACAUGCUGAAAAACUUAAUUGAUGAGAAUGAGAGUGACAUGAGUGAAAUAUAUGUGGAAGAUGAUGUUGACUGUUCCGAAUUUGUUAAAAACGGACCUCUACCUGUAAAAGAUCUGAUUUCUGAAAAUUCAGUUGAAUUUACUCGUAUUUCUCAAAAUCAACCAAAAACACUAAAAGCGAAAGCAACUGUUUUUCCAAAAGUCCAAACUGUACCAAAUCAAGUGUUUGCCACUGGUGGACUAGACAAAAAUCAAACCAUCGAACUAACGUCCAUCAUUAAUGAAGACAACAAAGAUGUUCGAAUUCUUCUGAACAAAAAUGUCAGAGGAAUCGGAGAUAUCAGAAGAAUCUCAACGAAAGGAAGGAGUUUUGGCAAUCCCAAAACUCUAACUGCAUUCGCAAAGAAAAAGCUUCCAAUCAAAAAGCGAAAGCAAGGGAGUUUCGCUCACAAAUCAUCAUCUUCUAAGAAGUUCAUUGAGAAACCCAAGUUUGAACAUUCUCAACCAAUGAAAGCUUCAAUCAAGGAUGUCAAAGGAAAGGGAAAGUUGAACUCAGGAAGGAAGGAAGAGCUGAGAGAGUUUCGGGCUCUCAAAGAUGGUGGAUGUGUAAAAUAUGGGAAUAACUUCUUUGGAACAAUUAAAGGCUAUGGGAUGAUUACAAAUGGAGAUUUUUCAAUCCGAAAGGUGGCGUAUGUGGAAGGAUUGCAACACAACCUAAUUAGUGUUUCACAAUUAGUUGUGGGGACUGGCUUGAAGGUAUCCUUUAAUGAAGAAAGAUCAUAA